CUGGCUCAGUUGGUUAGAGCGCCAGUCUCAUAAAUUCAUAUGAGUGAUGUUGCAUCAUCAAUCUGGAGGUCAACAGUUCGACCCUGUUGAGGAGCAAUGAUAGUUUUGCUGCUUUCUGCUCUUGUCUUCCUUGUGUUCCCGCGGACAUCCUGCCAAUCGCCCUUCGUAUUCAUUCGCCAAAUACUCCAGACCUGUCCAUACUGGAGCGAAGUUAUCGAUGUUUUCGGAUAUAUUCAACGGCAACGAAGCCAAGGCACUCAUGCUCAUGCAUGGCAAGCCAGGCCUGGGCCUUCUAAAAUUUACAAGCUAUUUGGGUACAAGCCUACAUUGGGCGAACCCACGGGCAAAACAAGACAGAACAAAUAUCAGAGAGAUCGCAGGUCGUCCAAGCGGCCCAAGAGCAGGGAGGAUAAGCCUGAUGGCAGUGGCAAUCAAACGUGCAGUCAGAUGUAAUAUGACAAGGGGAGAGAGAUUCACACACCGGGAUGUGGAUUGUCCCACUCGAAUGGCGAGGGCCCCAAACUCUUCCCGAACCAGACGAGGCAAUAGAAUGACGCGAGAGAGAGCACAACUAGAACGACGAAUAGGAUUGACGCCCCGACGUAUUCACCCCAGGUGCGCUCGCGCGGCUCGGGGGGCGCUCCUGAUUGGUCGUGAGAGUCGUCAUCAUGAGAAGGGGUACGAGUGUGAGUCUGAGUGUUAGUGUGAGUGUGGGUGUGGGUGUAAGCGUGAGUAUGAGCAUGAGUUUCAUGGUCGUGGUCGUGGUCGUGGUCGUGGUCUGGGUCUGGGUCUGGGUCGCGAUCGUGCUUUAGGUCGCGUUCGUGGUCUUGGUCGUGGUUGUCGUUGUGGUCAUGGUCGUCAGCCAAGCGAUCCGGGAGGGUGUCAUCCGGUUUAUGACCAGUCGGCGGCGAGGUCGGCUCGCCUUGCGUUUUCUUGUUCUUGCCCUUAUUUUUCUUCUUACCGCUCUUCUGCUUCUUCGCCGCGCCUGCGCCUGCGUCGUGACUAGGUCCCCCACCCCCGUGGAACGCACUUUCGGUAUCCUCGAUGAUCGCCUCCAGUUGCUCGGCGCGCUCCCUCCACUCUCUGCCGAUGUCCUCAUCCGGGUGGUCUGACAGCAGGUGCAUCAGAUCGACCAAUUCGUACGCGAAAUCCAGGCGCUGCGACGGAGUAGAGGCGGAUAGAAAUUGCGACUCCAUAGCGUUGUACGAGGGGAGGUGGAUCUCAGUGUACAUUUUGAGCCGCUUGGCAUCUUGGUAGGUCUGUGAGGAGGGCGGAUCGUCGCGCAGGAUGUGUUCAUAGGAUCGUGUGCCACCGCUGUGGCGACGAUGCUUGAUACGAGCCAUGUAAGACACGUCGUUAAUGGAAUCUAUGUCCAAGAAGCAAGCUGUGAAACGGGCUGUUCGGAGGAAAGACCCCGGAAAUUUGCGAGGUGCAAGAGGCGGAUGUAGCCGAAAUCUGUGAUGGCUCACAAGCUCCGGCAAGCUGCUUGCAUAGAGCACUACAUACAUAUAUACUUUCCACAGUCUGAUUUUCUGCUGAUAUCCUCGCACCUCGUCCCGGGUCUUCCGAAUCAGACCGCUCAAGGGUCUAUGUGCUCCUUCCGGCAUCCGUUGAGAUACAGCUAGCAUGCACGAUGCUUAUUUGGAGCGCUGUCUCCCUAUGAAAUGACGUCAAAGAACCCUUUCCUCCCGCUGUCCCCAUGUCUGCCAUCCUCUCGCCCUCGAAACACCACCAAAACACCUCGGGCCCCUUUGAGAACCCGUGGCCACCUGUUCUGACGAUGUUCGCCAGCGCAAUAUCACUUCUGCGGUUUCCAUUCGAACGAGCUACGCCGCUCGAGCAUGACCUGCAUGGCGUCGCUACUAUCGAAUCGCGGAAACCCGACUGGUCUAUCUUAGACCAGGCAGAGGACAGAGUGGGUGCUUGUUGGCUAGGGCAUGCAGGUUUUCUCGUUCAGCUACCGACGGGAUCACGGCCCAGACCCAUACGCAUCGUGUUCGACCCUAUAUUCUCUGAAAGAGCCUAUCCCUCCGCGUGGGUUGGCCCAAUUCGGCGACUGCCUGCUCCAUGUCAGGUGGAAGAUCUUCCCGAGGUGGACUUCGUCGCCGUCAGCCACAAUCAUUACGACCACUGCGACCUCGAAGCUCUCAAAGCGAUUCAUAAUCGCUUCCCCGUUGUUGCGUUCCUCGUACCGCUGGGAGUGAAGACAACGUUAGUGUCCGAAGGCGGCAUCGCAGAUUCGCAGGUGCACGAGCUCGACUGGUGGGAUGAGCUCGUGUUUCCGGAUAUCGCUGUCCGCUUCCAUUGCACACCUGCCCAGCAUAACAGUGGUAGGGGCGUACGCGAUCGCAACUACAGCUUGUGGUGCGGCUGGGCUGUGAGCACAUUGUCGGAGGGGGCUCCCUCUGUCUACUUUGCAGGCGAUACUGGUUAUCAGACGGCAGAUGGUCCUUGUCCUGUUUUCAGAGAGAUUGGGGAACGAUUAGGUCCUUUCGAGCUGGCCAUGGUCCCCAUCUGGUCUGGGGCAACCCUUACUUUCCUCGGGAAGCUGGGAUACCGCCUCUCAGACGACGCACACAUCGCGACUAUGCACGCGACCCCAGAAGAUGCUGUACACCUCGCUCAGGACGUGCGUGCGCAGCACACCUUGGCGAUGCACUUUGCGACUUUCGCAGGGACGGACGACGAGGCUCUGGAACCAUUGGUGCGUCUCGCUCGAGCGCAGGAUGGGACAGCAGAUUGGCGGAAGGAGAACGGUGUUGGGGCCAUCCAUGUUGGCGAGUGUGUAAUACUGAACUAGAUAGACCAGUGCUCCGAGAUUUUUUUCUGCGUCCCUUAUUCAUUCAGACAGCAGCAGCCACAUAGACCUUCCAACAUUGUUACUUACCGCUGCCCCUCAUCAACGAUAAAAAUACUUGGUAGAAUGUACCUUUCGGGAGCAUCUGGGGCUGAACAAAGGUCGGUGCCAGAUACAUGGCGCUCAGGCCGGAUCACUGUUCUACAUCGUAUUUGUUCGACCAU